UUUUCCUACUCACGCUGUCCGCCCCUGGCAUAUUUCUUCCAGAUUUGUGAAGAAAACGUGGAAAAACUUUUACAACCAACGCACAAUGAGCGACGGCGAGUGUAUUAAUGGUGUAGGCAAUGGAAUACGUAUAAAUGGCGGCACGGAUGGCGUGAAAACGCCGUUUCUGAUCGGUGUUGCGGGCGGAACCGCCAGCGGAAAGUCGACCGUUUGCAAGCGGAUCAUGGAGCAACUGGGUCAGGCUGAUAUGGAUCAUACGCAACGACAAGUAGUCACCAUCAGCCAGGACAGUUUCUACCGCGAGCUGACGGCGGCAGAGAAGGCACGUGCCGAGCGGGGACUUUUCAACUUUGACCACCCGAGUGCCUUCGACGAGGAAUUGAUGCUGCAGACGCUGCAGGACAUACUGCACGGCAAGAAGGUGGAAAUUAGCGAAUACGACUACCGAAGGAAUGCGGUCUGCCCGGAGAAAAUCAUCACGAUUUACCCGGCCGACGUGGUCCUGUUCGAGGGAAUCCUGGUGUUCUACUUCCCUGCCAUCCGUGAUCUGUUCCACAUGAAACUGUUCGUCGAUACCGAUUCGGACACGAGAUUGGCACGAAGAGUUCCCCGUGAUAUUAACGAACGCGGCCGGGACCUUGAUCAGGUCCUUAACGCCUACAUGAACUUUGUGAAACCAGCGUUUGAGGAAUUUUGCUCACCGACUAAGAAAUUUGCCGAUGUCGUGAUACCGAGAGGAGCAGACAACACAGUUGCGAUCGAUCUGAUAGUGCAUCAUAUUAAUGAGAUCUUGCAUCCGAGUGGCGGGCUCAACCAGAACGGGCACUAACUCGCGAUGUGGUCUCUGGGUGGUCGUGUGGGUGGUACGGAAGGGAUCCUCCUACGCAAAAUAUCGUAGCUAUCACCGCACAGCGGCCAGCAGCUGCGCACUGGUCGUCUGGUGCGUGAGAAAGCUGCCGAAGGCGCUGAUCAUACUAACUUAGCACCAUCGGACCGGAAACCAAAAACGAUCCCCGUAGCACCGUCACAUUGUUCCCAUACCAAGCUCUCCGCGUGUACUUGGCCUAGCAAGGAAUAUAAGCGUAACGGCGAAAACCUCAGUAAAGCGCAUGCCAAACUAAAGUUCCAAGCAAAUAGACUGCAUGGUCAGCUAUUUUUUUACUCUACCGCUUACGACUCAGGACUGACCUCCUGUCACGUCGGGGUUUAGAAAACAAAACAGUUAGAAACUGCUAACCAAGAACUGGGAAACCAAUUAAUCUACGGAUACGAUCAGAAAAAGUAACAGUUAGACUGAGCAUUGCCGAAAAGAGCUUUUUCUAUAAACAUUAACCAUGGUUUUUGGGUAGUCUUUCCUCCAGUCAAUAAGCAUACAUUGUGCAAAUUGUAUCAUAUUUGCAAUCGAGCAAAAACCACUACGGACAGUUUUACUACACUUACUGCUGUUAUGUUUUUUAGGUUAAGAAUUUCCGCAUUACUUAAUGCCCGCCCCCUAAUCCUUCUUUACUCCUAGUUGAAUUGAGCAAAAGGGAACCAUAAAUUUGUGACAUAAGCCUAGCUACAAUACCGUGUAGCAGAAUAUUAAUGCCAAUGAUCCCAGUGCAAAUUGACCCCACAAACAAAAUUUUCUGCUGCGAUUUUUCCGACAGUAAUACCUAAAUUACCACCAACAUUCCUGAUGCAAUUAAAUUUUUUAUACGUUUCUUUUUAACUUACGUUUAAUUUUUUACUUAAAUUUUUGACAGUUAGCCAUUCACAUUCCUUUUUUAAUUUACAAACCUCCCCGCGCUACUGCCAGAUUAUUGAAACGACGCUCCAUUGAACAAGAGUAGAAGAUGAUCGGGAUAAACCUGAACCCUACCAAACUGUUGUGUCAAUCUAAAGUAAGGCCAAUUGCAACACUCGGUAAAAAGAAUACCCUAAACAUAGCUCCCCUUCGCUGGGGAUAAAUGAAUAUGCUCACCAGCUCCUAGUUAUAGUAUCGUACAGAUGAGAACAUGGUUACAUACUGCAGUUUAACAACACCGGAACAGCAUAAUUGGUAAACUAACUACAGUCAAACCAGACCGUGAUCAUUGAUAGCGAAUAUUCUAAGGCAUGUUUCGUGUGUGGCACAAUAAAGAGGACAUUUUCAAA